AUGAAAUAAUUAAAUAAUGAAGAGUUAAUCAUUAAGAAAAAUAUACUCCACUUAGCAGACUUUCAUAAAAAAUCUUAAAAAGGUGAAAGAAAUCUACUAAAUAAAUGGUUCUAAGAUUCUAUUAAGACUUAUAUUUUUGAAUAGAUUGCAUCUCCUUUAAUUGCUAAAUACCUUAAUUUAAGCUCUUCCGCUUAAGUUAAAGCCUUCAUUCACUAGUAAACAGAGCCAAAUAAACCUAAGUAUAUGGGAAUUAUUGAGUAAUAUUUUAUCUAAAUUAUCAAAUAUAACCAAAAAGACCUUUUUCUGUAAAAACUAUAUGAAAUUCUUUUGAAUCCUGUUGAUAUUACUCAACAAAAAGAAAAGUAAAAUUAUAACACUGAGAAGAUUGUUAGAAAAUAAUUUGUGUGUUUUCUAAUCUUAAGAUACUUUGAGCUAUUUGGGUAAUAAGACAUUCCCUCAUUUUAUGAACUAUGGAAUAUCUGCUUCCCGCUAGAAAUUUAAACUAAAAAAAAACUCUCGAAAUUUGACAAAAAGGUUGAAAAUAAAACUUUGAAAUUCUAGAUUAGCAAUGAAGGUAAUCUAAACACUAGUUUAAAAAGCUCAUGUGACAAAAAGGUUGAAAAUAAAACUUUGAAAUUCGAGAUUAGCAAUGAAGGUAAUCUAAACACUAGUUUAAAAAGCUCUUCUUGUUUUUUAAAUAGUAGUGUCUUCCACUCUUCUCUAUAUUUUAAUCCCUAUUCAAAUAUUUAAAAGUAAUAAGAAGAGCCUUCUGUUUUUAUUUCUUCGAAAAUAGAUGGCUUUUCUUAAUCAAACAAUAUCUAAUAGUCUGAAAACUUAUUAAUGAGCUACUAAGAUGAUCUUUAUCCUUAAAAUUAGCCAAUUAAUAAUAAUAUAUAUGAAGAAGAUUAAUACGAAGAGGAGUCCAUGAACCAUUUUCUCUAAUUUUAUUAUAAUUAAUAAGCAACUUAUCAGAAUUAAAAUCAGAUACCUGACUAGAAUAUAUACAGCAAUAACCAUUUAGAGCAUUAUGAAAUUAAUUAUGAAUGA